AUGCAGGAGGUUGAUGAGGAUGAUCCCAUGAUAUAUCCCACGCAUUUAGAUAAAUUGCUUGGACUUGAGUUGGCGUUACGUGUGAAAUACCAGGCGUAUUAUCAUCAAUCAUCUGUGCAAGGUUUUUCCUCUGAUGCUGCUGUUAUUGAGAGAAUUAAGCGUCAUCUUCGUCCUGAUGGAAUGCAGUCAGAUGUGCAAGAAGUUGAUGAGACUGUUGUCAACAAUGAUCCAACUCAGUUAUUUGAACUUCGAAGUACAAGUUCUUCUGUUGAAUGCUCAAAAGUCAUUCCAACUCAUGUGAACAUUGUCGGCAAUAAUCCAACACAAUCAGUGAAAGUUGAGCAGAAGACCUCUUCUGGUAAAGGCUUGAAAUCAGUUCCAGUUUCUAUGGGUUGA